AUGUCCGCCGCUGACUCCUCUCUCGACGACAUCUUCGGCUCGUCUCCUCCCCAGCCUGAACAGCAUCCCCCGCAAGCGCCCGCACACUCAACGAUCGAACCCUCCGAACUCCCUUCCCUCCGCCGCCAGCACGUUACCGCAGGCUACCGCGAUGGCAUCUCUGCCUCUAAAUCCGACCAUGUUCAGUAUGGAUUCGACGCCGGAUUCCCCGUCGGUGCACAACUAGGCAUGCGCGCUGGUACCUUAUUGGGGAUCAUCGAGGGUGUCCUGAAAGGGUAUGACAGCAGCCCCGCCACUGGGGUUAAGAAGCCCGGACAGAAAUCAGAGACAACAACAAAUUCCAAAGAAGCAGACGAAUCGAGGCGCGCGCAACGCGACAAGUUACUCAACCUCUAUCGAAAGGCUGAGAAGGGGCUAGAUGUGCAGGCUGUUUUCGCUGGGCUGGAUGGCAAAGAGUUUGAAGGGAAAGAGGAGAAACCAGAAACUACACUUCUUAAGAAGGGUGACGUCGCUCUCGCAGAUUGGGAGAAGAAAGUCCCUGUCGCCGCAUGGGAGGAGAAUGUAAUGGAUGUCUUGGAAGUGAAGAGCGACGAUGCGAAGGCUGGCGCGGAUCGAAGGGAGACUGCUGCUGGGCAGAGCUGA